AAACAAAGAUUGUAGUUGUGUAAUUUAAACUAUAACCAAUAAUUAACGAACGUGAACGUAUAUUGGAGAAAUCAUUAUUUUAAAAGUCAGUAUCUACUCAGUAUUUAAGACUAUUACUAGUAUGUAGAAUGGUAUAAUCAUUACACAACGCAGUGCAUAAACACAUGUGAGAUAAAGGAGCUGGAUAAACUUGUGGCAGGUUAUUAAUAUUUAAGUUGUUAAAGCAGACGAACGAUCGAUAGGUGUCCAUUAAAUAAGUUACUGCUUUAUGAAAUUUAUAACUUAUCGAGUAUGGAUACUGCUGGGUGUGAACACAAACUAGCAUAUGAAUGUGCUCCAUGUAAAGAAAAACAAAUCUACGUGGAAUCAAAAUUGUUCUGUCAAGAUUGUUUUAAAUUCUUCUGCCGGAAGUGCCAUCUUAAACAUGAUGAUCUUUUCGAGCAACACAGCGUUUUGGACGAAUCAAUGAAAGAGGACUGGGGAUUACGUGGUAUUUUACAGCGAUGUGAGACACAUAAAUCCGAAGAGGUUCUGGCAUUUUGCAAAGACCACAACGAGUUGUGCUGUCAUAAAUGUGUUAUCAGUACACACAGGCAGUGCUUAGAUGUAAGAGAUAUCACGGAGAUCGCAACUGACAAUGAUACAGCGGUCGAAUUUCAUAAAUUAUCGAAACAGAUUAAAUCCCUUUUAAAUGAGCUUACUUUUACUCAAAUAUCACAAGCAAAUGAUUUGAAAACAAUAACUCAAAGCGGACAUGAGGCUGUUCAACAAAUAAGUGCUUUCAGGAAAAUAUUGAAUGCACAACUAGAUCAUUUGGAAAAUAUUACGAAGUUAACUACUGCCACAAUUCUCAGCGAAAUCAAAGAUGAACACACAAAGCAAACUAACAGGAUAUCGGAGAUUCAGCGUCUGUUUCAAAGCUUGCUUAAGGAACUUGCAAAAACGCAGGUGUUCGGAACCUCUGUUUUUGCUCCCCUAAAAAAAUGUCGUCAGAUAAUCGAAACAGCAAGCGUCAAAAUGAAUAACAAGGAAGCUUCCAAAAUAGUUGUGUUUCAACCUAACACAGCCAUAGAGAAGUAUCUUUGUGAGAUUCAAGAUCUUGGUGAAUCAAUAAAGGCGAAUUUAAGCAUUACAUUAUCGGAUCAACGCUUGCUAGAAUUAGACAUACCAGACAAAGAAAAAUGUAUUAUCACCGGAAUAAUUGAAUUACCAAGCGGAGAGUUGCUUCUAGCUGAUCAAUGGAAAAGUAGACUAACGCUCUUGGAUAAUGCUUACAAGCCAAUUCAGCAGUAUAGUCUAGAGGCACUGCCUUGGGAUAUAUGCCAUAUCGAUGACAACAUUGUGGCUGUGGCAAUGCAUGACAUGAUACAAACGGUGCACGUGCAGCCAGGGGCUGUCACGUCUCGUAGAAAACUACAAGUGAGGCAUCAAUGUACUGGGAUAGACCACCGAGGCGGAUAUUUGUAUGUGGCAUCUGGAACGGCUUUGUACAAAUACACAACCGCAGGAGACCUUACUAAAAUUGUCUAUGAAAACAAAUUGCACACGGGUACUGUGUGCAAAGUGAAAGUUAACGCAGACGGAACACAGCUAUUUGUUACUGGAUGGGGACAAAAUAAGAUUCUCAUUUUAAACAUCGAUGAUCAUGAGGCAUCAUCAAUUACACAUCAUAACAUUAUUGGCCCAAGCGGAAUAGAUUUGACUUCUCUCGGGCAGCUAUUGCUAUGUGACUCUGUGUCGCAUGCUUUAAUCUUGGUGGACGGUAAUAAAAUUACAACUCUUUUUCAGAAAACUUCCAGCUUGAUCAAUCCACGUACCAUAUGCUUCGCGAAAAGCUCAAAGAGACUGAUCGUCGGUCAACGUGAAGGAAAUAAAAUAUAUGUAUUUAGAGUAUCUGUCAUGUAAUAUUGCAUCAUGGUAUUAGAAAAAAUACACUAAAAACACGCGUCAA